CCCGCUGCGGCUUCUUCACUCAAGGUGCGGCCGAGUAACAGGUGCGUCUCCGCUCUUUCCCAGGAACCGAGCUAAAUCCACCGGGCGCGGACUUAUUUUUUUUUUUACACAAACAAGUGUAACUAAGUAGCUUUGUAAUUCAGAGACCGCAAACGUCGUCUGCUCGAGAGAACUUUGAUCGAAGUCGUCUGGUUUUGAGUUAGGUGCAGUCCGCCAUUGUCUUGAAGGUAGAUCGCUGAGGAAGAGGAAGAAGGAGAGGAAAUGGCCAACAAGGGUCUGCAACUUUUGGGCUUCGCCUUGUCGCUGCUGGGUUUGAUUGGACUGAUAAUAGGGACCAUAAUGCCGCAAUGGAAGAUGUCCGCUUAUGUGGGAGACAACAUCAUCACGGCGGUGGCCAUGUACGAGGGUCUCUGGAUGUCCUGCGCCUUUCAGAGCACCGGCCAGAUCCAGUGUAAAGUCUACGACUCCAUCCUGCAGCUCAACAGUGCGCUUCAGGCAACGCGUGCCCUCAUGAUUGUGAGCAUCAUCAUCACGGCGGCGGGUCUCGGCGUGGCCUGCAUGGGUAUGAAAUGCACCAACUGUGGAGGCGACGACAAGGCAAAGAAGGCCCGCAUAGCCAUGACUGGCGGUAUCAUCCUGCUUGUCGGAUCUCUGUGUGCCAUCAUUGCCUGCUCCUGGUACGCCCACGACAUCAUCCAAGCCUUCUACAACCCUUUCACACCCGUCAAUACCAAGUAUGAGUUUGGGUCAGCCAUCUUUAUCGCAUGGGCUGGAGCCUUCCUGGAUGUGAUCGGAGGCGGCAUGCUGGCAGCAUCCUGCCAGAGGGACAAGUCCACACCAAAGUAUCCCAUCUCCAGACCUCCAAGCAGCAAGGAAUAUGUUUGAAGGGACUCCCUGUUGACAGUUGACGCAUCACCUUUCCAUCUGUGCUACCAGCCAGACGAUGAAACGGCCAGAAGAUGAUCAGUAGCCCUUUCAUUUAUUUUAUAUUUUAUAUUUUAGAUUCUUCAGCCCGAAAGUGGCCGCAUUUUAAAUGGAUGGUUGUCGACCUCAGUGCAGUGUUGCAGCCAGUUCAAAUAUAAAUCUGCGUCAGUCCCUCUAUCAAGUUACUUUUUAGUCCUACAGAUUUUAACUGAGAUGACAACAGCAUGCAUGCCUUAAUCGUGUUACAUUGGGGUCAGUGUGUUUCGAACAAGUUACUGAACUUCUCAGUUAAAGUGCACUGACUUUGACAUCGGUGUUGGUCGGCAUACAGGCUCAAUGUCCCAUUGUGAUCUGGCACUGAGAGGCAACGUUCUGCUUGUGUGUGUGUGUGUGUGUCUGUGUGCCUUAUUUAUAUUCACAUGCCUGAUUCCGUCUGACUUUUCAUGACGUUUUAAUUAAGUGCCAGAAUGAGUUUUACGACUUUGUCAAGCGAUUUCUGUAAUUUGGAUUGCCAAUAUUCCUGCAGCACGAGCUGGUCCUGUUGUUUUACGCGGGCCUGCUAGUGCUUGCUCUUUUAAUGCCACUCCUCUGUGAGAACUCUUCAAGCUGUAACUAUGAAACUCAACUCACGUUUGUUGUACAUAAAAUAAAUAUCAGAUAAAAAUCGA